AGAGUCCCAGCCCGCGCCUUCCCGGCGCUUGCCCGGCUUCCCCAUGUCUCAGUACGGCCCCAAGUCGGACUUCAAACAGCCUUCGGACAGCAGCCCUGAGGCCAAUACAGAAGAUGACAAGACCGAAGAGGACGCGCCCAGGCCCAGAAACUACCUGUGGCUCACCAUCAUUGCCUGCUUCUGCCCCGCGUACCCCAUCAACAUCGUGGCUUUGGUCUUCUCGAUCAUGUCUCAGAACAGCUACAACGAAGGAGACUUCGAAGGAGCCAAGCGGCUGGGGCGGAACGCCAAGUGGGUGGCCAUCGCCUCCAUCAUCAUCGGCCUUCUCAUCAUUGGCAUCUCAUGUGCCGUUCACUUCACGAGGAACCCCUGAGGAAGCACGGGUCGGCGGGGAGCUCCCCCGGGCUCAUCCACACGCUCCCACAGCAGCUCCUGAGGACUGAAUCCUGGACUUCGGACUGCGAGACCCUUUCCUCCAGAACUUUCCAGAGGCAGGGCCCUGGCAGACCAACAGCAACCAAAAAUCAAAUCCCCAAGUUAGGAAAUCUGAGCGGCACGCUCCCCCCCAGACGGGCCCAAGUCGCUGAUGUGUAAGACAAAGACGACAACAUCCAGUACGUCCCUGCUUAGCAAAGCCUGUUGUGUUCAGAUCUCCAGAGAUGGGCCUCAGGAGAUCUCCCUACUUGUAACAGGGGGGCGUGGUGUCCAGAUCUGGGGAGAAUGGGAGCUUUCUAGAAGAACAGAGGAUGCUGGCCUUCACAAAGCAAGUUUCAGGUUGUCUCAUGCCACGGAGCAGGUGGAUUUCCUUUGCCUUUAGCUCAUGUUGUAGCAACUCCUCCAUCACCCCACACACUGUGCCCCCAGGGAGUCAGAAGCUCCAAGGAGCAGGUGGUCCUGGCUAGAUCAGACCUCACUUUUCCUGCGCCUCCCACUACACGCCCGCCCCUUGCUUGCACUGCACUGGGUCAACUUGACCACAGCUUCGCUCUUGAUGCAAACAGACGGAGAAUGUUCCACGCAGUCAACUUUAGACAUUCAAGUACCUUGUGGGUCCCGCUUCAGGGAAUGCACUCCAUGGACUUCUAGAAUCUACUCUUUGGCAAGCACGUUCUUUCAUGACAGCAAAGAUCUUUGAUCUGCUCCUUGCCCAUGCCUCCUGGAAAUGCUCACCCCUAGAUCCCUUUCCUGCUAAGUAAUAUCCUAACAGGAGGUACAGGUUCAAGGAUAGACUAUGUCUGCCUACCAGAAAACACUACCAUAGACUGCAUGACAUGUGUGCCAUUGGUGGCACACAAGGUCAUGUUUAAGGAGUUUUAGAGCCACAAAGGCAAACCACAAGUUCUGGUUAACAGGAAGAACAAAGUCUCCAGGUAGAGCCCACGGGUCCCCAACACCGAGUCAAAGACGGAGCAGGCCUUGGGUUCAGCGCCUUCUAUCAAGACAGCACGCAAUGGUAUUGUGUUUAUGCCACUGAGUGUAUUCUUCCUUUCCCCCUCUGGUUUUCU